GCGGCCGCGAGCUCCGCGGGACACGUUCCGCCGCGGGCCGAGGCGGCGACAUGAGCGCCGCGGGGUUGCUGGCUCCGGCGCCCGCCCCGGCUGCAGCGCCGCCCGCCCCGGAGUACUACCCGGAGGACGACGAGGAGCUGGAGAGCGCCGAGGACGACGAGCGCAGCUGCCGGGGUCGCGAGUCCGACGAAGACACUGAGGACGCCAGCGAGACAGACCUGGCGAAGCACGAUGAGGAAGACUACGUGGAGAUGAAGGAACAGAUGUAUCAGGACAAGCUGGCGUCUCUGAAGCGGCAGCUGCAGCAGUUACAGGAAGGUACGUUACAGGAAUAUCAGAAGAGGAUGAAGAAGCUGGACCAGCAGUACAGAGAGAGGAUCCGGAACGCAGAACUCUUCCUCCAACUGGAAACCGAACAGGUGGAAAGGAACUAUAUUAAGGAGAAAAAGGCGGCAGUGAAGGAGUUUGAAGACAAGAAGGUGGAGCUGAAGGAGAACCUCAUUGCCGAGCUCGAAGAGAAGAAGAAGAUGAUAGAGAAUGAGAAGCUCACCAUGGAGCUGACGGGAGAUUCUAUGGAAGUGAAACCCAUCAUGACCAGAAAAUUGCGGAGGCGACCAAAUGAUCCUGUCCCCAUUCCAGACAAGAGGAGGAAACCGGCUCCCGCUCAGCUCAACUACCUGUUAACGGACGAGCAGAUCAUGGAGGAUCUGAGGACGUUGAACAAGCUUAAGUCACCCAAGCGACCAGCUUCCCCGUCCUCUCCUGAACACUUGCCUGCCACACCUGCAGAGUCUCCAGCCCAGAGGUUUGAGGCUCGGAUAGAAGACGGCAAACUGUACUAUGAUAAAAGAUGGUACCACAAGAGCCAAGCCAUCUACCUAGAGUCAAAGGACAACCAGAAACUGAGCUGUGUGAUCAGCUCAGUGGGAGCCAAUGAGAUCUGGGUGAGGAAGACCAGUGACAGCACCAAGAUGAGGAUCUACCUGGGCCAGCUGCAGCGCGGGCUCUUCGUGAUCCGCCGGCGAAAAUUCUUAACUUACCGGGACUAGCUACUUGGCCUGGGACAUGGAGAGCGCUGUGGAGUCUUCAAAGGCACCCACACGGCCGGCCACCUCCAUCUCUGUCGCUCUUCCUGCCUCGGCUUCUUCCAGAGUCAGUCGCCAGAGACUGACUGUCGGGAGUAUUGGGGGUUUCCUCCACCUGCCUUUUAGUCCUUACUUUUUAUUUGAUUUUUUUUUUUUUUUUUGUUUAUACUUGGUCCUUUUUUUAAACCCUCCUUUGAGUUUGAAGGGGAGCUCCUUUUAAUGAGUGUCUUGAGGUCUUUCUCCCAUGAGGAGCAGUGAGUGUGUUUUCCCGUCUGGAUCUGAUUGGUGGAUUGUGUGCCUGCUUCCCUCGUUAGGCCCGGAAGCGUGGGGCAGGAGAGCUCUCUCGGCUCCGCCUGCUCGGAGAAAUAAAGGAUGUGUAACAUCUCA